ACGUGGCAACCUUGGACUAAUGGUUCAUGGGUUCCAAAUAUGGCGGCACCCAGAGAGUAAAAAGAAACUUGUGGUAAACAUUGAUGCUGGUUUCACCAAAAGGCUAUCUAAUCAUUAAUCGAAAUUGAUCCUUGAGCAUCUACAGCACCCCCAACUAUUGGUGAACAGCACACUCGCCAACGGUUGCUGUUUACACUCAUUCCUCGCGGCGUCCAAAAUGGCCGCCCAGUGAGCCAGCCGAAAUCUGUUUGUGUACGCGUGUUCAACAAUUGAAAAUCAAUCUUGUCGCUAUGCAGAAAUUACGUUGGCCAAUUGAAUGAACGUCGUUCACACCGAAAUGGGAAUGCGGUCGAAUAGCUCGAGGGAUUCGAAGCGUGACCCGUGUGUGUGUGUGUGUGCCUUCACUUGAAAUUCCGUUCGGGUAUCUUUUUUUGUUUUUUGGUCGGAGACGGUGAUAAAUGUUGUAUCAAUCGUUCUUUUUCUUUGUUUUGCUAGCAGCGUGUGGUUGCGGGAGAUGAAAUAAUCAAUUGCAUCCGACUUUGUUUGACUUGUGGACAACUAUCUACUUUCUAACGAAGAGUGUGUGUGUGUGUGUGUGGUCUAACCGGGCUAGUGUAUUGACAGAUGGGUAACUUGAGACCGCAAAAAAAAAAAAAAUAUAUACGGUCAUAACUGGCAACCUUGUGUAUUUUGCGUGUGCAAACACACAUACUGUACUGAUUUUAUUGAUGGCUUCAACUCUUAUUUUGCAUAUGCGAAAGGGAAAACACACACACACACACAGGGGAAAAAGUAAGGUGCAUUUUGAGUGAUUCCGUCAUUGUUUCACACCGUUGCGUGAUUGUUUUCUGGGCGUCUAUCCAAAAACUAUUUCGUUAUUGCCCUUAACCUUUCAGAUCUUUGCAACAUUCUAUCCUUUUCUUAUUUCUUUCUUUAGACAACGGACGGACAAUUGUAUUUUUGCGAUAUAAUUUGUGUUUUUGCUGAAAUGGGACAUCGUGGCGACAGUAUCAAAAAUUGGAACAGGCUAUCUCGAAAAUGGUACACAUUGACUAUUUCGGUCCCACCUACACGCCCUCUCUAGAGAGAUACUUUCGAUCUAUUUCGAUCUUUCGGCAUUGUCGGGUGUCCCUUUUUUUUUUUGCCACAAUCUCUUGUCAUAAAUCUCACACCGAUGUUAAAGAAACAGAUUCAGCGUCUUCUUCUUCUAUUUGGGUAGAAGAAGCUUUCCCAUCCAUAUCGACCGCCACGCGACUAUAUAUAAAGCCACUGCCGAGCUAUUGUUGUGAUGCUAACCUUGUCCCUUCAAGGCAAUAAGACGCGGUCAGAUUGAUGGGAGGUUUUUUUUUUUUUCCUUUCUCGCAGAUCGCGCAUUCUAUAGACAUUAUCCCACGUGUCCGCUAGGCUAGAGUCACUCGCAAAUUUCUUUUUUUUUUUUUUUGCAUUUUAUUUUCCCGUUUUUGUUGUCUUUUUGGCGAAAAUCUUCCCCUCGAGCUUUUUUGGAUGGUUGCCAACCGUGUUGGCCUUCAGGGUUUUAUAGGACCCUAGCAACAGCGUUGAGGGCCGCAGCUCAUUGCUUUGUGUACCCAAUCCGAAUGGCUGCCGCCCUUCUUUUUUGGCCAUACUUUGUUACCACCACUGCACUAUUCGCUUCUUUUUGUUUUCCAAGUGUAUACAACAGUAAACAACCCGCAUUUCAUUUUUGUUUUUGUUUUAUUGUCUUGUGCAUUCAGUAGAAUUCAUCAUCUUUCUAGGUAGUGUUCUACAGUGUAGUUAGUCUAGUUUCCGUACGACUUUGAUAUCCCUAUUUUCUCUUUUUCUGCCCCCCCGAACUGACAUUGUUCUUCUUUUUUAUUAUUGUUCGCCCAAAAUGGCUGAUGUAUGCAACGCAGUCGGGGGCAGUUUAAAAAAAAGGGGGGCAUUUUGUUUCGCAGCGGAAAUGGUCGUGAUCUUUUUUAAGCCGACCUUAAUCGUUCCAUCUUCUGCUCGACAAAGCAGUUGACGGAUUUUUUUCAUUAACUACGACAGAGGCAACGCGUUCACGUCAAACUCGCUUCGUCAUUUAGUUACGCACGUGAAAUGAAUCGAUUUUUCGUUUAGUCCCUUUUGUAAAGCAAUUUGGUGAUUAAAGGGAGAGAGAAAAAAGGGGGGAUACUCAUCGACACAACAACGGUGGUACGGACCUCAUGGGUUAUUAACACGAGCGAAAGAGAAAAAGUAGAUAGGGAAACCUUACGACUGCUUCGGUAAAAAUUAUUGUGAUUUCAAAAAUCUUGGCCGACACCUAGAAAAGUUAUAGGCUUUUAGGCUUUAUUCAAUUGUGUGUGUGUGUGUGUAGAAGGCCCACGCACUGCAGGGUCACGGUGUUCGUUGUAGAGGUAGAUCGGGGUUGUGCGUGAAUAUUUAUAGACACGUGCGUUGAAGAGAUAUGAAAUGAUUGCGAGUGUAGACUACACAAAUGUAUCAGCUGGGAAAGGGUAAUCUUUUUGUAACUUGAUCAAAUGUUUGUUUAACCUUUGAGAAAUCUUCUCCCAGUUUUGGCCGCGUAGAUUCUAAAAUCUUGUCGGACGUAAUUUGUGUUGUUUCCAACCAAAAAAAAAAAUUGUAUUCGAAGCUUUGGCUGACAUACUUUGUGAUUAACAUUAUUGGCCUCUGUCGCGAUCCAUCACAUUUAAGCUGGCAGACUUGGUGAACUUGUGGGGUGUAAUUAUACACACACUCAUAUGUAUGUAUAUAUAUAUAUAUAUAUAUACACAUAUCGAGAUUUGGAGAAACUAUUUUCGUUUGGUGCGCAGAAUUUGUGUGUGUAUGCUGCUACUACACUUACUACUACCCUUCCGGUUCAGAUGAACAAGGGGGCGCAAAUCGGUAGGGGCAUACUUUAGUCAGAGCCAAAAUAAAAGCAGCUUUUUUCUGGCUCCCAAGUCGAAGGGGGUAAAACGAUCCGACUGCUGUGUUUGGUGUCCUUGCCAUUGCCAUACCACCAACAGUGCAUGAUCCCCGCGCGAAGGGAAAGCUUCGUACCGAAAAAUCGUAGAACCACUGUUUAGUUCCCUUUUGGUGCCUUACUGAGUAAGUUGGCUCGUUCUCGAUCUCGAUUUUUUGACUCUUCGUGCUUUUGUCGCACAGUUAUUUCCCCUUCGUUUUCGUGUGUGUGUGUGUGUGUGUUGACGUUUUCAUUUCCAAUAUAUAGGUGCUUUUCAUUAGACAUCAAUGUCAGAUAGCGACGCUGAAGAAUUGUCCGUGGGGGCACCGUCGCCGAUUUCAGCUAAAGAGCGCCAUCACCACGGUUCUAAUAUGAUUAUCAUGGAUGGCGAUGAAGAAGGGUCCAGCAGCGUUUCAAGUUUUCGAAUCCGUAACGAAGGAGUGGACGCGAUUAAUGACAGCAACGGCGCCUCGCAGCGCCACCCGACUUGUGCGCUGUGCAAAAAUCACCAAACGAUAAGCACGCUCAAAGGGCACAAAAGAUACUGUCCAUGGCGACAAUGUAUGUGCGAGUUGUGCUACGGCACCAAUAAAAAGAGAAAGAUCAAUGCGGAGCAAGUGGCGCUGAGACGAGCUCAAGCCCAAGAUGAAGAACUGCGCAAAAAAGGAAUAAUUCAGCAACUCGAAAGGAUUUCAAGCUCCUCGGCGUCAACAAUCACUACACCCUCUUCUAUCCAACAAUCGCCUUCACCCGAUUGUGGGAAAGCGAGGCCGUCUCGCUCCGAGCAUCAGCACUCGAUGCCGGGCAGAGAGGAAAGAGCGCCAAAAGUGAAAAUCGAUGCCCCGGCGCGGCCUACACCGGCCGCGGGAUGUCACCAAUCGAGUCCCGUAGUCUUUGGGCAACAAUUAUCACUUGGCAGCAUUCUCAUGGGCCAGAAUGUCUCCUUACUGAGGCACUCUGUUUGCGAGAAGCGAUUAGGUUUCGAAAUGUUGGGUUUCCUCUUCAGGAUCAUUCAAGACGUUAAGGCUGAAAUCGAAAGAGUCUCUUUUCAAUUGAAUGAAAUACACCACGAGAUUCAAAUCAAGAUUCAUUCCGGCAACGUUAACUUUGCGCCAAAUCCUAAUCUGGUUUACGGUCAAGAUCCACUGCAGAACGGAAAUCCAGUGACCCCGGUAUCCAUUCAUCAUUACCAAAUCCCUUCUUCUUUUCAGACUCAGUUCCGAGCGACGGUCAUUAACGGCCCUCAUCCUCCCCUACACCAAACUUUAUAUCCCAAUUGAUUGUUGUUUUUUUUUAUUAUUAUUAUUCAUUGAUUUAUUCUUGCUAGCAAGGGAUAUUAUUUUAGAUUAUUUGUUUGUUUGUUUUUUAACAUUUGAUGUUGUUUCGUUUUUUUUUUUUUUGAAUUUAUAUCGUUUCUGCUUCUUUAUGGCAUCUUUUCUUUGCACUCUUUUAUUAUUGAAAUUAGUGAAAAAUUCCAAUCUGCCAACGAAAACCCCCUUUUUGCUUUGAUUGAUCUUAUAGUAACCGAACGAUUUACAUGUCUGUUGUUCACACAGCCUGAUGGAAACAUCCUCCAAGUGAUUGUUAAGUGUAAGAUGAUUACCACCUGAGCUUGUCACCCGAAGGAAGAAAAACUUGAUGGGUAUAUUUUUGGAACUUGAUUGAUAUUGUGAUUUUUUUUAUCUCAUUGAAAUUGACCGAUUGAUGUGAAUCUUUGAACUGCAAAAAUCUGUGAUGAAGAUGUGGUCUUUUGCGAGGUGAAUUCUAUGACUUGAAAACGGUAGCACUGCCCGUGCUGGAUGGCACAAGAAGAACGUUUAGAAUUUAGCUGUAGCUAAGCGCAAAGAAAGAGCCAGUUGUUUAUAUUUUAUUAAAUCGAAACACAAUUCACCAUUAAUUGGAUGUAAAGACAAAAGUUAGGAUUAUUUAAAUUGGAAAGGAAUGUAUUUGCCGAGUUAUGCAAAUGCUUGAUACCCGCGAAGGAGAACGUACUGUAUUAUCGAGGCCUUUGAUCGGAAAAUGCGAGGGUUGAGCUGGGAAAAUAUUUCUAGGUCGAACAAAUGAUUAAAAGAGACCUGAUGAUAGACCUAUUGUCUUUCUGGAAUGAUUUUUGUUUAGUAGGCCUACGAAUCGUUUCGUAGUUACAGCAGUCGUCGUUACGCAUUUCUAUAAUAGAAAUAAUAGUCCGGUACCUAACAGUUGAUAUCAAUCUAGCAUCAGAUUAGAUUUUUUCACUAACGGACACCAUAGAUUCAUAAUUUUUAUUAACAAAAUAGGGAAAUAAGAUUUUGUUAUGCUUCCUUUCAACAAACAAGUUUUUAAACCCCUCCCAAUUUUUUGUUUGCAAUAUAACAAUUCAUUACAGAAAAAACUAGCUAUUUAAUAUUUUGUUUUUCAAAUAACCGUUUCGGAUAUUUUCUCUCCUUUGCAUAAAAGUAUGUUAUAAUCCUUAUCUAUCAUACUGAAACUUUGAAUCACAAUGUAGUUGGACCCAAAAUAAAACUUCAUCCGCCGCAACAAAAAAAAAA